UAAUUUCGAAUCUAGAAAAAGACUGAAGAGACGAGAAGACCUUCAGGUCCCAAUUUGAUAACUGUUAUCCUCUACCUUUUCUCCCCAUCUCAGGUCCCCAGAGUGAAAUGCUAUUAGGCGAGCUCCCUUUUAUUCAUUUUCAUUGAUAGAUACUCAUUGGCUUGUGAAUUUUGUUUUCUUAUGAUUAUGAAUAUAUUUAGAAUGUUUUUUAAUUUUUGUGAAGUGGGUUACCUUUCAUUUCACCAUAUGUGGUCCUGUGAAUUUGAUCUGGACGUUGUUUUUUAUUCCCUUGUGUGAUAUUUUGAGGCAUCAGUUGCUAUGACAAUUUUCUCAUAAAUAGGGUAUGGUUGCUGGUUUCUUUGAAUAAAAGCAUGCGUAGAAUCUUUAGGGAAAUCUGUUAUCAUCAGGAUAAGACUCUGAACUGUAAGCUAAAGGGCUAGCAAGAUGAUGGAUUUCGGCAUGAACCCGAAAAGGCAGAGGCGGCCGAAUGUGAGAUUAGGGGAUAUAGGUGAUAUUUUUGUAUCAUUUUCUCGAAAGAGUUUCUCGAAACCGAAAUUGGAUGCACAGAGAUGGGAAGUGGAGCCAAACAAGCCCAGGGGCUGCAACAAUCUAGUUGAUACUCAGAAUUGGGAGAACUGGAAUCCUAAUUCAAAAGAUUAUGAUUUGGGAUUGGAAGAGACUGAUAUGAGAAACCCUAGGACGGGGUUCGGGAUGGUAAAUCGAAAGAGGAGACUCAAGAAGCAGCGCAGUGGCACCAAUAAUUCUUCCAGGAUUAGUCCCGAAAUCACUAAAAGAACCGAAAAGGCCUAUGUCUAUGGUAAUCCGGAUUAUGGUAUUUUGGAUCAUGAUACUUGGGAUAGGGAUCGAGAUGCUUGUGAAGAGAACUCAAACUACUUGCGGCCAAAGAAUUCUUGGAAGCAAGAGAAUAUUUUGCCUUCGGAUUAUGAUCACUGUUUGAGUGGCAAGAAUCCCUGUUCAGUAAGAAAUGUUGUUCAUAGUGUUAAUGAAUGGUUGGUGGAGCUGGGAUUUGGUGAAUAUGCCGAUUUGUUUGAGAUGCACGAAGUGGAUGAAGAAGCAUUGCCCCUGCUUACUUAUGAAGACCUCAAAGAGAUGGGUAUAGCUUCUAUGGGAACACGGAGAAGGCUGUAUUCUGCAAUUCAGUUUCUUAGUAAAGGAAGUGGUACUACCUGAUAGGAAACCGAACAAUCAAGUGGACCAGUGUGAUACAAUUUGCUGGAAUAACUCAUCAGUUGAUAAUUAUGGAAAUGUUGGCACUCCUAUGGAAAGAGAGAGAAUGCAUGUGGAAGAUACAGUUUUUCUAUGGUUUGACGCGGAAAAUUGCGUGUGUCAUGACAUAUCAGCUGUAGUGUGGAAAGUCAAAUACUCGAAUGUUUCUUAAAUCUUUGAUCCACCAAAGCGAGAAACAUCAGAUAAAAGAUUCCAAAAUCAACUAUUCUGUGGGUUCAGGAUACCUUCUGCUGAUGCAUCAAGAUUUUCUCUUCUGCAAUGCAAGCCUUAAAUCUUUGCAUCACGGCUUCAAGCUGAAGAAAGCCAGAGAGGAGUUUGGAUUGUGCAAUAACACAUAAGAUAAAAGUCGAGGUCUUCGUGAUGUUAGAAUCAUGUAAAGAACUUUGACCUGAUCAUCCCCAGCACGCUUUCUGUUGUUUCAGUGUUUUGAUGUUCAAUGUUAACUGUACUUAGAGGUAUAUUAUAAUAGUUUACCUCUCGUCAGCAAACUAGAAAACGUUUACAUUUCUCUUGUGUUCGUAAUCGGAAAGUCGGUAUUUUUCUAA